AUGGCAGCUAUGGCAAGAGCCAUUCCUCCUUCUCCUCCUCAGUCUGCGGAUGGUGAUCGAGCUAUGGAAGAGCCUUUCGAAGGCUGUGGCAUGUAUCCUUCUUCAUAUGUGCCAAAUGAUGGAAUGGAUUCUGUCAAAAUGAACGGCGAGGAGUUUACGAAUUGCAGUCAGCCCCCGUCGAUGAUCUAUGGUUCUCCCACCUCCUUUUACCCACCCAACGACUUUCCUCAGACAAUCUCGAACCCAUGUAUGGUGAUGCCCGGCCCUCAGGUCAACACGCCGCCUCCGGCGGCUGACGAAGGCAUUGUCCCCUUCCAGCUGGGAUCACCCAAGUCGACAUCAUCGCCGCGGCGGCGUCGGGCUCCUGUGCCCAAGGCCAAGCUCGACCGAUCCCCACGGGAACGACGGGCGCGGGCUCGGAGACAAGUCUCCGACGGAGGUCUCAAGGGCCAGGUGAUUAACGGCCCGCUGAGUGAGCUGACCAAGCACAUGCACAAUGUCCCCCUCCGGGAUAUGGAGGCCUGGGUGCGCCGACCCUAUGUGGAACGCAUGCGCGAGGUGAACGAGAAGGGCAAGGUCUCGCGGCCCAUGAACUCGUUCAUGUUGUAUCGGUCAGCCUACGCCGAGCGCACCAAGAGCCUCUUGAGCCACACCAACCACCAAAAGGUCUCGUGUGCGGCGGGCCAGAGCUGGAGAAUGGAGCCGCAACAUAUCCGCGACAAGUAUGAGAUCUUAGCCAAGAUCGAGCGUGACACCCACGCUGUGGCACACCCGGACUACAAGUUCACGCCGAACAAGGGCCCGGCCAUCUCCAGAAAGAAGGUAAGCACGGAUGAGGGUACGCCCUCGGGGUCUGUCGUCGAUGCCGGCAGUCCAACAGACUGGGAGGGCAGUGAAUAUGCCUCGGGGUCGACCCCGGCACCUUCAUUCCUGCACAACCGCUCGCAGAGCUUCGACGUCGACCGCAUGUACGGCAGCCGGUCCUCCACCCCCUUUGACGGACCCGACCCGGUCUUUGCCCCUGGCAACUACCUCAGCUCGUCCUGGCAUGCCAGCUACCAUAGCCAUAGCGUGCACCCCGCCGCCCUGCACGGUGUAGGCCCCCACAUUGAGGACGUGCACUUCCGCCGGCCCAGCCCUCUGCAACAAGACUUGCAGUACGGCUCCUCGUCCAGCACUCUGGCCGCGCUCCCCGGCGGCACGCACCACGAGCUGCUCGAACACCAGCUCACAGAUUCGCUGCCGGGCGGCAUCACCGAAGGCGGCCACAUGGACCCCCAGCUCCUCAGCUACGAAAGCGGCCCGGCCGGACAGCCCGUCGGUCCCGCCGCCUUCCCUAACGGACUCCCCACCCACCCGGUAUGGGCCGACGAGUCCGCUGGCCAUUGCUACCUGACCACAUCGGCACCGUCGGUCACCUCAAGCCCGGCUCCGUACCACCAUCCCCACAUGGGAUCCGCCUACCUGCCCAGCAUGCAGCCGGCGGAUGCCCGGGACUCUUCGUGGGACUUGCAGCAGCACCACCAGAACCAUGAGCUCGAGCCUUGGCUCGAACCCCAUACAUUGAGCUGCUGA